GGGUGCGGGAGCCGCGCUCGCCCGAGGGUGGGAACGGCGUCGGGGCGAGGGCCGAGCUCACUCCGAGGACCGGUGUCAGGACCCGGGAGCGGCUGCGUCUGCCCGCGGGAGGAGGCCAUGUAGCUGCAGGGAUGGCGCUCGCCCCGAGGGCAGUGCUGGCAAGAGGCUGCGCCUGUCCCGGGCAGCGCAGGGUCUGGCUCCCCUUGACCCAGGACCAGGCGCCCACGGACAGGGAGUCUUGGGCUGCUCCUUUGCGGCGGGACACUGAAGGUGCAUGGAUGCCCCCCCCCCCCCGCCCGAGCCGACGGCUGUUUGGUACCUGGCUGCAGGAGACCAUGCAGUGAGCCAUGCCCCGGCCAGGACAGCCCCGCCCAUCAUCUGGGCCACCUCGCUUGGGACCCUGGGAGCAGCCAACAGAGCUAUGCUUGGAGGCGUAUAAUGAAACACCCCAGCACCCACCAGGCCGCCGCACCCGGAGGCCAGACCCCAAGGACCCUGGCCACCAUGGGCCAGAGAGCAUUACCUUCAUCUCCGGCUCUGCAGAGCCGGCCACCGAGCCCCCAGCCUGCUGCCUGCUCUGGCGCCCCUGGGGGUGGGACUGGUGUCGGGCUGCUUUCUGCUUCCGCCGCUGCCGGGAUUGCCUCCAGCGCUGCGGGGCCUGUGUGCGGGGCUGUAGCCCCUGCUUGUCUGCUGGGGACUCCACUGAGGAGGCUGCUGAAGCCAGCUGGGCCAAGGAGCACAAUGGAGUACCCCCCAGCCCCGACCGCCCACCCCCUAGCCGCCGGGAUGGCCAGCGGCUCAAGUCUGCGGUGGGCAGCAGCUUCAGCUACCCUGAUGUCAAGCUCAAAGGCGUCCCUGUGUACCCCUACCGCAGCACCACCUCCCCAGCUCCGGACUCGGACUCCUGCUGCAAGGAGCCACUGGCCCAGCCCCCUCCCACGCGGCACAGCCUGCCGAGCACCCUUGCCAGCAGUCCCCGAGGCUCAGAGGAGUACUACUCUUUCCACGAGUCGGACCUGGACCUGCCGGAGAUGGGCAGUGGCUCCAUGUCGAGCCGGGAAAUCGACGUGCUCAUAUUCAAGAAGUUGACCGAGCUGUUCAGCGUACACCAGAUCGACGAGCUGGCCAAAUGCACGUCGGACACGGUGUUCCUGGAGAAGACCAGUAAGAUCUCGGACCUGAUCAGCAGCAUCACUCAGGACUACCAUCUGGACGAGCAGGACGCCGAGGGCCGCCUGGUGCGCGGCAUUAUUCGCAUUAGUACCCGAAAGAGCCGCGCCCGCCCACAGACCUCAGAGGGGCGCUCCACCCGGGCUGCAGCCCCAACUGCUGCCCCUGACAGUGGCCAUGAGACUAUGGUGGGCUCAGGUCUCAGCCAGGAUGAACUGACAGUGCAGAUCUCCCAGGAGACAACAGCAGAUGCCAUCGCCCGCAAGCUGAGGCCAUAUGGAACCCCAGGGUACCCAGCCAGCCAUGACUCGGCCUUCCAGGGCACUGACACAGACUCCUCAGGGGCACCCCUGCUCCAGGUGUACUGCUAAUCCCUGCUGGGUACAGCAGGCACAACCCUUCUUGGGAGCAACGUAGCCUACAAAAUAAAGAGGCAUCAGGACCUUCUUUGAGGGAGGCUGGACUGUGAGGCCAGAAGCAGUGCCCACUCUAGCUCUUCCUGCCUUCACUGACUGCUUCCUGGACCAUGUGCAUUUCACAGGGCCAAAGUGCCCACAUCCCCAGCUGGCCUGACCCCUGCCUGGACCUAUUCCUUUCUGUGGAUCGAUCAUGGAAAACAAAGACUUAAAGUUAUCUUCCAGGACUGAAUCCCAACUCUGUCCUUGUAAUGUCACCCCAAGUAGUCAUCAUUGCAAACUUGAAGCUUAAGUAGAUUGAGUUGUGGGUGGGCAGUGCCCACUUCACUUUAUGCUGUUGAGCAGUUUGUUCUAGCUAACAACCACAGUUGAAAGUACAAAGGUAAUGGACUCCUAUCUUAUAAUCUGGGCUACAACAUAGUCCUUUCUGCCUGCUUUGCCUUGCCUAAUGGCUGCCCAGGAGACAGGACAUGGGUAUGAGGCUGGGCUGUGUGGCAGAGUUGAGGUCAUGAUGUGGAGCAAUACUGCCUGUGUUCCAAGAACAGUGUGGUACCUGAAUAGCUUUUGGACUUCUCAGUUCUAGGGAUGCUUGUUGACACCAUCGCUGCUCCCCCUGUCCACUGCCUGCAGGCUGGCCUGUCAGCCAUCCCAGUCCCCCCCCCCCCAAAAUCCCUGAUCAUUUGUCAGCAGCCCCCACCCAGCUUAACCCUGCUGGUCCCCUCCACCUCUUCCCUGUGCUAACAGCACAGUGGUUUUCAGUUACCUUGGCCUUUCUAGCAACCCUAGAGUAUAAGGGAACCUGGGGUUGAAAAGUCAAGGAAUUAGUGGGUCACAGAGGUGGUAACUGCGGCUCUGGACCUGGAAGCUAACCUUGGGACAGCUGGAGGUUCCCCUUGCUUGGGCACCAGCAUCCAGCCUAUCCUUCACUGCUCCUCAAACAGGCUUGUCUAAUAGGACCCUUUCAGCAGAGACUGGGGCAGGUCCACCAACCCAUCUUCAACUAAUAAACAAGCUGGAAGAUGUUCAUGGUCUUCCAUUCCUACCCCUUUAUCUGCAGCCCUUUUUAUGUCCCCAUGGGCACCCUUUGGAAAGUGACUAGACAAACUACUUGUUUGUCCAGUUUCCUAUUAGAUACACAGGAUACUCCCCUAGGGCUAUGACCAUGGGGCCCAGUUGUAGCUACUGCAAUCUAACUGGGCCCUUUCCUUAGGCUCUGUUGUCCCAUCUAGGUCAAGGCCUGAGAAUAAAACCAGGCUGGGGUGUGUGUAGCUCAGUGGCAGCAUUUGUCUAGUAGUCAGGUCCUCCCUGGGUUUGAUUUCCAUCCAACCAACUACAGAGCACCACAGUAGGAGAGUGACACCAGUCCCUCCACUCCAGCCUCAGCCGUAAAGCACCUUUUUCUGGUAAACAGCCUUGUGAACUAUCAUCUGCAUUCCCCUAAAACAGGAUUUAUCAAAUUUGGGAAAGAGACAAAGGUAAGUGCUGCAGUAACCUCUAUGGUGCCUGCAAUGACCUCUACCCUCUGGCAGAAGCAGGGCAGGGCCAGUUAAAGGUCCUGGGGCUGGACAGAGGUAACAUGUCCUCAGCUCUGUUACUGCCUGGGGGCUGGCUCUGAGGCCUUAAACAUUGCACAUGUCCAGAUGAGAGACAAAAACAGUGGGGCCUUACCAGACUUUACCCUGUACUUUAGGGCAGGUCCCUGUACUACACAGAACAAAUCUAAGGCAUGGGUGAUCCCAUCUCCCUCACCUGAGAUAGGCAGUGUCACCAAGGCCUUGUUGCUCUUUUGCCCUGGGAAACAGUUCAGAAUUGGAAAAAUACUUGAUUCAGGGCUGGGGGUGGUGGAGGGACCCUCAGAGAUGAAAAUAAAAUCAAUUAAGUCCA